UUCAGCGUCUCCUCCAAGAACGCGAGAGAGGGGGGGAUCGGGGCGGAAUGGCGGUGGAAAAAUCGGAUGUCGAGAUCUUUAAACCCCGCAACGACAAGCGGGAGUACCGGAGGAUCGUCCUCCCCAAUUCUCUGGAGGUCCUCCUUAUCAGCGAUCCCGACACCGAUAAGGCUGCUGCUUCCAUGGAUGUUUCUGUUGGCUAUUUCUGCGAUCCGGAUGGACUUGAAGGCCUGGCUCACUUUCUUGAGCAUAUGCUGUUUUAUGCUAGUGAGAAAUAUCCAGUGGAAGAUAGUUACUCAAAGUACAUUACGGAGCAUGGUGGUUCCACUAAUGCUUUUACGUCUUCCGAGCACACAAACUUUUAUUUCGAUAUCAAUGCGGACUGCUUUGAGGAGGCUUUAGAUAGAUUUGCUCAGUUCUUCGUUAGGCCUUUGAUGUCUCCUGAUGCUACACUUAGGGAAAUAAAAGCUGUCGACUCUGAGAAUCAGAAGAAUCUAUUGUCUGAUGCUUGGCGAAUGUCUCAGCUUCAAAAACAUCUAUGUUCAAAGGAUCAUCCAUAUCAUAGAUUCAGUACAGGAAAUUGGGAAACAUUGGAGGUUAAACCAAAAUCCAAAGGCUUAGACACAAGGCUUGAACUAAUUAAAUUUUACGAAGAGAGCUAUUCAGCAAACCUUAUGCACCUUGUUGUAUAUGGAAGAGAGGGCCUCAAUGAUAUUCAAAAACUGGUUGAAAGGAAGUUCUGUGAUAUUCGAAACACUGGACGGGACUGCUCCCAUUUUCUUGGUCAGCCUUGCUCAUUAGAACAUCUUCAGAUUCUUGUUAAAGCAGUCCCAAUAAAGGAAGGUCACACAUUGAGGAUUACAUGGCCAAUUACUCCUAGCAUACGGUAUUACAAAGAAGGUCCUUGCAGGUACCUUGGUCACCUUAUCGGGCAUGAAGGCGAGGGUUCUCUCUUUUACAUUUUGAAACAGUUAGGAUGGGCUAUAAGUCUGGGAGCUGGGGAAGGGGAUUGGAGUCUUGAGUUUUCCUUUUUCUCUGUGUCUAUUGUACUCACUGAUGCAGGUCAUGAGCAUAUAGAAGAUAUUGUUGGAUUAUUGUUCAGAUAUAUUCUCCUCUUACAGAAUUCUGGAGUCAUGAAAUGGAUUUUUGAUGAGCUUGCGGCAAUUUGUGAAACGGGGUUUCAUUAUCGAGACAAAAUCCGUCCUAGUCACUAUGUUGUUGAUAUUGCUUCAAACAUGCAGAUAUUUCCACCAAAAGAUUGGCUAGUUGCGUCAUCGUUGCCAUCAAAAUUUGUUCCAAAUACAAUUCAGAAGAUAUUGGAUGAGCUGAAUCCAACAAAUGUCAGAAUAUUCUGGGAAUCUAAAAAGUUUGAAGGAUCUAUGGACUCAGUUGAACCAUGGUAUGGAACCCCGUAUUCUAUUGAAAAAGUCACUGCUUCCACAAUCCAGCAAUGGAUAGAAAAUGCUCCUGAUAAAAAUCUACAUCUUCCAAAGCCUAAUAUAUUCAUCCCAACUGAUUUGUCACUUAAACAUGUCCAAGAGAAGGUUAAAUUUCCAUAUCUCUUAAGAAAAUCGUCAUUUUCAAGAUUGUGGUACAAACCUGAUACUAUGUUCUUCACUCCUAAAGCUUACAUCAGAAUAGAUUUCAACUGCCCUCAGUCAAAUUACUCGCCUGAAGCAGAGAUUCUCACUGCUAUCUUCACAAGGUUAUUAAUGGAUUAUUUGAAUGAAUAUGCUUAUGAUGCUCAGGUGGCUGGCCUUUAUUAUGCAAUACGCCACACUGACACUGGAUUUCAGGUGAUUGUGGUUGGUUAUAAUCACAAAAUGAGUAUUCUAUUAGAAACUAUAAUUGGGAAAAUCAAGCAGUUUGAAGUUAAACCAGACCGAUUUGCUGUGAUAAAGGAAACUGCAACAAAGGAUUAUGAGAAUUUUAAAUUCCAACAACCAUAUAAGCAAGCUUUGUACUACUGCUCUUUACUACUUGAGGACCAUACAUGGCCUUGGAGUGACGAACUUGAAGUCCUUCCUCAUCUUGAAGCGGAUGAUCUUGCAGAAUUCUUGCCACGCUUGCUUUCAAAGAUCUUUGUAGAGUCUUACAUUGCAGGAAAUGUUGAACCGCAUGAAGCAGAAUUAAUGGUCCAGCAUAUUGAAGAUACAUUAUUUAAGGCUCCACAUCCCAUAUCAAAAGCUCUGUUCCCAUCUCAGCAUUUGACAAAUAGAAUUGUGAAACUUGAAAAAGGUCUAAAGUAUUAUUACCCAAUCGAGGGUCUAAAUCAGAAGAAUGAGAAUUCUGCACUCGUCCAGUAUAUUCAGGUUCAUCAAGAUGAUAUUAAGUUAAAUGUUAAACUUCAGCUGUUUGCUCUGAUUGCGAAGCAACCAGCUUUCCAUCAGCUUCGAUCUGUUGAGCAACUUGGUUACAUAACUGUGCUUAUGCAAAGGAAUGAUUCUGGAGUGUGGGGUUUGCUGUUCUUGAUCCAAUCAACAGUACAGGAUCCAGCAAAGCUUGAUACAAGAGUAGAUGCUUUUCUUCAGAUGUUUGAAAGUAAACUGCAUGAAAUGACCGAUGAAGAAUAUAAGGGCAAUGUGAAUGCACUAAUUGGUAUGAAACUAGAGAAACACAAAAACCUCUGGGAGGAAUCCGCAUUCUAUUUGAGAGAAAUUGCUGAUGGAACUCUGAGGUUUGAUAGGAGAGAAUUGGAGGUUGCAGCAUUGAGAGAUCUCAAGAAAGAGGAACUGAUGGAUUUCUUCAACAACCAUGUCAAAGUUGAUGUACCACAUAGAAAGACUCUCAGCGUGCAUGUCUAUGGCAGUCUUCAUUCUGCUGAGUACAAAAGAGUGAUGCAAGAAGCAGAUCCACACCAAGUAUGUCAAAUUAAUGAUGUCUUCAGCUUCAGAAGGUCAAGGCCUCUAUAUGGUUCCUUCAAAGGUGGCCUUGGCCAGAUGAAAUUAUGAACUCUGUGAAGCGCAGCAUUUCUUCAUUUCUUUUCACUUUGCAGUUGUCUUGCAUUGCUUUAAAUUGUUAUCAAAUGAAUAUUGUGACUUUUGAACUAUUAUUUGAAUUCCUUUGAAUGAACUCGAGCAUAACAUUUUAACUUGUUGACUAUUGUCUGAUAUAAUUAUCUAGAAAUUGUUGCAAUACCGAUAUGAUAAAUUUGUUUU